AUGGCUGCUGCAGCGAAGAGCAUCCCGCAGGAUCCUAAAUACGAUCAUUAUGACUAUCCCACCGUGUCAGAGACGGCCCACCCUGGUCACCCUGGCCACACAACCCCAGAGCAAGAUGCCCAGGUCCAUCAGUUGAGGAUGAAGCUUGAAUCGCUGGGCUACACUGAGCGUCUGGACACCUUGACUCUUCUGCGAUUUCUCCGAGCUCGCAAAUUCGAUGUGGCCCUUACAGAAAAGAUGUUCGUCGACUGCGAAACUUGGCGAAAAGAAUUUGGCUUAGAUGACCUCGUGCGGAACUUCGAUUACAAGGAGAAGCCACAAGUUUUCGAGUACUACCCACAAUACUACCACAAAACCGAUAAGGAUGGGCGACCAGUCUAUAUCGAGCAACUUGGCAAAAUCGACUUGCCUUCGAUGUACAAGAUCACCACUUCUGAGCGCAUGCUUCAGAAUCUUGCCGUAGAAUACGAAAAAAUCGCAGAUCCAAGACUUCCAGCCUGUUCAAGAAAGUCUGGCCAUCUUGUCGAGACUUGCUGCACGAUUAUGGACCUCAAGGGAGUCGGAGUGACCAAGGUCAGUUCCGUGUACUCCUACGUCAAACAAGCGUCGGUCAUGUCGCAAAACUACUAUCCUGAGCGACUUGGAAAAUUGUAUAUGAUCAAUGCUCCAUGGGGAUUCUCCACCGUUUUCGGCGUUGUCAAGGGAUGGUUAGAUCCUAUCACCGUUGAGAAGAUCCAUAUCUUGGGAGGUGGUUACCAAAAAGAACUUCUCGCCCAGGUCCCGGCUGAGAAUCUCCCAAAGGCAUUUGGAGGGACUUGCCAGUGCCCUGGUGAGGGUGGAUGUAUGAUGAGUGAUGAAGGUCCAUGGACAAACCCAGAAUGGGCUCGUCCUCCAAAGUGGGCAACAGAGAAGCCAGCAGCCAUCAACAAUGAGGCUGUUAACCCAGGGAUUAUUCCAACCGGAGAGCAACCGGCACAAGUACCAGUCGCUGCUCCAGCCCCGGUCAGAGCCGCCCAAGAUGAUGAAAUUAAGGCAGCACCUGCCCUUCAGUAA